AUGCCUGAGUCCAGCAAUUCAGAAGAUCCGAACGCUAUGGGAGGCAAAAAUCUCCCUUACACUGUUCUACAUGAGCAUCUCAAAUCUUGCUUGUUGUAUUUAAGCAUGUUCCGGAAUGGUUAUGAGAUCAGUGUAGACCGCUUGAUAUCAGGCUGGAUUGCUGAGGGUUACAUUCCUGAACAUGCUGCUGGUGAGGAGUGCCUCAGUGAGCUCAUAGAGAGAAAUUUAAUUGAAGCAGUGAAGAUCGAUUCAGAUGGCAAGGCUCUAUGUUGUUUGAACGACAAAGGGCGCGAGUUGAUCGCCUCAUUUUCAGCAGAAGAAAACUCGGUUACCAUAUUAAAAAAGCGGCAAGGCAAGAGCAAGUAUCCAUUGUGA